AUGCACUACAAGGCCCCCGGCAACUCGUCCCAGGUCCGCCUCGGGGUGAGCGGCUACCUCGAGGAGCACUCCAACCACGCGGACGUCCGGGACUUCCUCCGGCAGCAGGUCCCGGAGCUCCCCAGCUACGACUUCAAGGUGGAGCUGUACGUCAUGGGCCUCGGCUUCCCGUCCCAGGUCACCUACUACGCGACCGGCGGCCGCGGCGAGAAGAUUGGCGACGACGGCAAGCCCGUCACGGGCAAGAAGCUCGACAACGAGCCGUACCUCGAGUUCAUCCAGGCGCUGCUCGACAAGCCCGAUAACGAGGUGCCGCACGUGCUGUCCGUGUCCUACGGCGACGACGAGCUGUCAGUGCCCCGGCCCUACGCCGAGCGCGUCUGCGGCAUGCUCGGCCUCCUGACCAAGCGCGGCACCUCCAUCAUCCACUCGACCGGGGACGGCGGCUCGGCCGGCGGCCGCGUGGGCAACUGCCGCACCAAGGACGGCACCAACAAAAAGGUCACCAUGUCCACGUUUCCCGCGUCGUGUCCGUGGGUGACGGCCGUGGGCGCCACCACCAACACCGCCGAGCCCCCCUCCGGCGCUGGCUUCAGUUCCGGCGGCUUCUCCCAGUACUUUGAGCGGCCCGCGUGGCAGGCGGCCGCCGUGGACAAAUACGUCGAGGAGAUCAACGGCCACCUGGACGGGUACUACAACGCCAGCAUGAGGGCCGUGCCGGACAUCUCGGCCGUGGGGACCAACUUCCGGGUGAUUGUUGGCGCCCGCCGCAAGCUCCUCGAGGGCACCAGCGCGAGCGCGCCCGUCUUUGCAGCCAUGAUCUCCCUCGUCAACGAUGCCCGCCUGAGAAAGGGGAAGCCCUCGCUGGGGUGGCUCAACGAGAUCUUGUACUCGGACAAGGUGACCUCUCUGCUGCAGGACAUCACCAAGGGCCAGAGCUACUCGUGCACCUGGGACAAGGUCAGCCCCGGUGGCUGGCCGGCCAAGCAGGGAUGGGACGCAAUCACCGGCCUCGGCGUGCCAAACGACUUUGCCAAGUUCCUCGAGGUUCUCGAGGACGUGUGA